AUGUCACGGACCAUAGAACAGCUGGCGCACGAUAUUGUUGAUGCAUAUUAUGCCCGCGCAGGGGAUGGUCGCCUCUUAGUAGGUAUCGCCGGACCGCCAGGAUGUGGAAAGUCCACGAUAGCGAACCCACUGACCCAGCAUAUCAACUCUAUUCUGCAGUCACCUCAUGAGACAGCUCAAGCUGAGCGGUCUACAAGCGCAGUGUGUGUCAGUCUCGAUGGAUGGCAUUAUACACUGGCAGAGUUAGAUGCGAUGGAGGAUCCGGUGUACGCGCAUAGGUGGAGGGGGGCAGCUUUCACCUUCAAUCAGUCCGAGUAUCAAAAGUUCUUGGAAGAGCUAAAAACCCCUUCACAUCCGGAUACACCUGCGACGAUCCCUUUCUCUACCUUUGAUCAUGCUAUCAAAAAUCCUGUGUUAUCACCGACACCUAUCACAUCCAGCGACAGGAUCAUACUGAUUGAAGGCUUGUAUACGUUACUUGAUAUUCCCGAUUGGAAGGUAUGUUCCGAUAUGAUGGAUUUCAAGAUAUGGGUAGAUGUGGAUGAGGAGACGGCGCGCAGACGGCUGAUCAAGAGGAACUUCGAAGCUGGAAUAACGGCUGACUUGGAGAGCUGUGCGGAAAGAGUCGAUGCGGUCGAUAUGAAGAAUGGCGACUUUGUCAGGGCGCAUACUACAGAACCUACCCAUGUUUUCGUAUCCGUGGACGGACAGAUGUAUUGA